AUGACAAAGUGUAGCGAAUGUUUAGUCAUAGGACACCGAGGCUUCAAAGCCAAAUACACCGAAAACACAAUUCAUGGUUUUGAAAAAUGUUUUGAAACGGGAGCCACUAUGUUCGAAACCGAUGUCUGGACCACUAAGGAUGAUGUUUUGGUGAUUUCACAUGACGUUAACACUAAUCGUAUCUUUUGUGAUGAGAAUGGGAACGAAACGAACUACAACAUUCCCGAGAGCUACUAUGACGAGAUUAAAGACCUCCGAACGAUCGAGUCUGGCGAGCGCAUGCUCACGUUUAAGGGUCUAUUACGUUGGUUUCUCGAAUAUGUUCAAAGCCAUGGGGGCGAUCUGAUCUCCGAACACCGUAUAAUGCUUGAUAUAAAGAACGCUAAUCCUCCCCGCAUAUUGCAGCUUAUUGUGGCUGCAAUAAUCGAUGUCCAUAAUGAUUUAGCCUGGUGGUUUCUGCGCAUCCAGUUUGGCAUCUGGCAUUUGAGGUUCAUCAAGUACUUGAAUCAGGAUCCUUAUUUUCAAGAGGUCUUUGCGGGUGUUACAUCUGCACAAGAGUACAGACAUUUUGACAUUAUUCACAUCUCCAUUGAUUGGCAUGACUCAAUGACGUAUAUGGCAUACAACGAAUAUAUUGACUCCUUGCAAAAUGACAGAUUCAAAUUCAAAAUCACCGCCAUUUCGUUGAUAUAUAUCACCACAUGGAGUACUGACUUUGUCACGAAAUUUAUGCCCAUUCUAAAGAAAGAAGAUCUCAAGUUGUACUCGUGGACAGUGAACACGCUUGCCCAACUUGAGUAUUUCUCUCGCAUUGCCAAAUCAUUUCAAGUUAGGGAGUAUGGUAUUAUAACUGAUCUGCCUGACAAAAUGAUAGACUACCUCGAGGAUGUCGAACACGAAAUUGCAAAGGAAAGCGCGGAAACCAAACCACUUAUUGAUCCUAAGCAACCAAAUCUUCCUUUUAAAUUCAAAUUCUCUCACUUUUUGUUUCGCGGGUUUUUAAUGUGGAUAGGCUUCAAGGGUAUGGAAUGUUCUCAAAAGAACUUUGAAUCGACUGUGGAUCCAACUCAGCUCAUGAUUAUGCCUCGCAAGUGGUUUAUGAAAUUCUUUGCUUAUUUACAGCAUCGCGGUAUUUUUUGA